AUGGCGGAAGGCGAACACCGUCCCAACGUUAUUCACGGCGAUGCGACCACCUCCUGGCCCAUCCGCGGCAUUGGCGCCUCCCCGCUCGAGCUCCACUGCUCACCUGAACUCUCUCUACGUAGACGAGAUCUCCUGCUGCUACUGCUGCCGCUAUGGAGGUCGAGGAGAAGAGCAAAUAAGAGAGAAGAGCUCACAAUCCCACCGCCACCAGCUUCUCAGCCGUCCGACAAGGCCACAGCAAUCGGGCCCAGGCCUGCGUCGAAACUCCCGGCCGCAGCGCUCAUCGCUCGCCGGCUUAUAUGGAAUGCGACGACCGGUGACAGAAUCAUGCGAGCCAGCGGAACGCAGCGAGGAAUAAAGGAACGGGCCGCAGGCAGGCCGCAAAGACGAGAGCGACGAAUGCCGCACGGGCCGGGCCCCGAGCAGAACGAGAGGAAAGGAGAGGGCCGGGCGAGGGCGGAGCCGGGCGCUGCGGAGCCGGAGAGCGGGCGCGGAAACGCGACAAGACGCACAGGAGCUCGCAGUUUACCGCUGCCUCUGUGGGCCCCACGGCGAGAGAGCGAGAAUAGACGGGGUCGCUAUUCUUCACAAGCGCAGCGUGCUGGACGACAUUGCUGCUGCAACAGCAGCGCCAGCAGUGAGAUGAGUUUUGGAUACCAAGUGGACGCCUCCCAGUCUACUUCUCCACUACGUUCGAGGAAAAGCCUCCGUCGCGCUCCAUGGAUGUGGUUCACGACCAAGUGCAUACACAACUAUAAUACGUAUUCGUAUGAUUUGAUAUACGGAGUCCAUAAAGUUUGCUGUACUUCUAGUCCCUUGACUCCGACAGCUUCCAUCGUCGCCUUCUGA